GUUUCCUUUUUAUCGUCGCUUGUUUCGCUUCUGUACGCAGAUUUUCUCUCUAUCCAAACACUCGUCCCUUCCCUGUCUCCUCCCCUCCCCCAUCUUAUCUGAAUUUCUACUCUCAGUCGUCUACUCUGUCGAGGGAUUCACGCAAACUCCGCCGCCUGUCUGGCUUUUCCAACUGGGUUACGCCUUUCCUCUGGGCAAUUCACCAAUGGACAUGGACCCGUACUUUGAAGAAGAUGGUUUACCGGGCAACUUUGACAGUGGUGAUGCAUUCUCUUCAAAGAAUGGGGAAUCUGAUUCGGGUGCGGUCUCGGUUUCUGGAGACAAUGAUGAUGGUAACUUCGACUGCAACAUUUGCCUAGACUCUGUGCGAGAACCUGUUGUUACGCUUUGCGGUCAUCUCUUCUGCUGGCCCUGCAUCCACAAAUGGCUCCAUCCACAAAGAAUCUCAGCCAUAGACGAACAGGAAAGACAUAAACAAUGUCCUGUCUGCAAAUCCAAAGUCUCUCACACAACAUUGGUCCCGCUGUACGGCCGAGGAGGAUGUUCCACAACCGAAGAUGGAAGUAAAACUACAACGCCCAGAAGACCAUUAGGCCCGAUUUACAGGGUCGAGAUGCCGAGUCCAUUGUCACAAUCAAGUCCAAAUCCGCAACGGAUUCAUCUGAAUAACCCGCACGGGCCUCGGACUCGGAUGUACUACUCGCAACAGGAUGGUUACUACCCGCCAUUACUGAGAUCGAGCAGUUUGUCAUACUCUACAGUUCUCAACCCCGUCAUGGUGAUGUUCGGCGAAAUGAUAUCGACGGGGUUGUUUGGAGCACAGGUUACAGAUGCAUUCACAUACCCGGACGCGUACAACCUCGUAGGAACCAGCGGACCGAGGAUGAGGAGGCAGAUGAUGGAGACUGACAAAUCACUCAGCAGGCUCUGUAUCUUCUUGAUGUGUUGCGUAGUUUUGUGUCUGCUUUUAUUUUAGAUCGUGUUGUAUCGUUUCGGUUAAUACGCGGAUGAGGAAGUGUACGUACAUUUUGUAAGAAUUUGGCGUAUUAUUUGCUUUAAAAUUACGGCUGUAAAAGUCAAGCGGGGAUAGCUCAGUUGGGAGAGCGUCAGACUGAAGAUCUGAAGGUCGCGUGUUCGAUCCACGCUCACCGCAUUUUAUGUUGCUCUUUCUCCUCUUUUUCCCCAAGCCAAAAAUAAAAUAAAAUUGUGCAUCUGUUUCUUUU